AUGGAGAACUGCACCAAAGAUGACAAAGUGCUGGAGAAUGGUGUCAUGCUGCUUCAACAGAUCAUCUACAUCCCAGUGCUCUCUUUGGGAAUCCCACUGAACAUGAUUGCCUUCUGGGUUUUCUGCUGGAAACUCAAGAGGUGGACUGAGACCAGGGUGUACAUGAUCAACCUCAUGGUCGCAGACACUUUCCUGCUCUUUGCCCUGCCUUUCCAAUUAUAUUUUAAGAAAUAUAAUCAACCCAUGGACAAGCUGUGCUUAACUAUAAGCAACAUAUAUUUUACAAACAUGCCUAUGAGCAUCCUUAUCAUCACCCUGAUCGCGAUUGAUCGAUAUGUUGCAAUCAAGUUCCCUCUAAAAUCGGUUGCAACGGACAGCCAAGGAGGAGCUACUGGCCAGGAGGCACCUGCAACAGCAGAGCAGUGA